UCAAAUUUUUUUCAAGUCCUCCUUAGUAAAUAAAGCUGUUAGUUAGAAAAAAUAAUAAGGAGCUGAAAUUCGGACGUAAAUACAUUUGUUCGAAAAAAAAAACUAUAGUAUAGCACGUGGCCCAAUCGGGACGACAGCCAAACAGGAGGAAAAAAAAAUAUUAUUUUUUUUUAAUAUUUCAGAUUCCUGUAGUGGUCCAAAUUUAUUUUACAAAUUUUCAAUAAACAAUGAGAUAUUAAUUGGAGAAUAUGGCAUCAAUUAGAUUAAUAAAUAAUGUAAUUAGACAAAAGACAUGUCAUUAUAAUAGGAUUCCAUCUUUAUUAUCACCGCCGUCAUUAUUAUUACUGUGUAAUGGUAAUAAAGUGAUAAUUAAAAAAUAUUCAAAUGAAAAACAAAAAUUUCAAAUUCCACAAUUCGACAACGAUGCAAAUAAUAGUCGAUUUGCGAACUCCGAUUGUACCGAGACGCCAUGGGAUGUAAGUCAAACAGUUGUCGCUGUCGGGAUGGUCGGGAUAAUGGCAUUUUUCGGCUACGUAUUAUCCACCGAACUGUUAUCGGAUAAAAGUCCCUAUAGUAUUUAUUGCAAAGCUGCAGAUAGAUGUAGACAAGACCCAAAAGUCACUGACGCACUUGGGGGACGGAUACACGCUCAGAUUGAGAAGGACGGUGAUACCAGGAGAUGCUUCAGCCUCAACUAUCGCGUUUAUCAACACAACGGCAGAACGUAUAUGAGAAUGAAAUUUUAUAUUCAGGGAGUACGUGAAGGUGGGACUGUAAAUUUGGAUAUGAGAAGGGACGAUAACGGAAAUGUUGUCUACCGAUACUUAUUUGUCCAGCUAGAAGAUGCGUCCCGUUCUAUUAUCGUUUUAGAAGAUAACCGAGCAGCGGAAGGUGACUCAAAUAAAAGUGACGAAUUCGCGCCUUAAAAUUUCCCAAUCUCAUCAAACCAAUAAAUAAAUUGAAUUUUAUUCUCAUCAUUACAUCAUCAUUACAACUCUAGUCUAGUAUGAUAAUACUUGAAAUAAAUUUCUCUUAUUUAUUUUAUAAAUAUUUUUUUUUCAAAAAUAAAAUUUUUACCACUGCCUAAAUAUUGAUCUAGUCCUCAUCUCAUUCACUAAUAAAUUCCUCUCCACUCUGUAAAAAAUCGGGAGUGUCUCCGGAGUAAUUACGGAUUUGAUUUAAAUCCGAAUUCAUUCCGUCACCCGGAAUUCCGGAGAUUUAGAAAAAAAUCACUCCGAAUACGGAGUGAAUACGGAGUUAAUUUCACUGUGAACCGGAGUUUCAAUAUUAAAAUAAACUCCUCUUCGAAGUGAAUUUUACUCCAAGGGAAUUAAAUAAAUCCUCAGUCAUUUGCUCCGCAUUCACUUCGAAUCCAUUUCGGAUUUAAUCCGCGUUCAUCACUCCGAAAAUUUUUUGCAGCGCACUGUAAAAAAUCGGGAGUAAAUCCGGAUUUAAUUCCAAUCUGAAUUCACUCCGCAUUCACUUCACCACUUGGAGUUUCGGAGUUUUCAAAAAAAUCACUCCUCGUGCGGAGUGAAUUGGGAGUUUUUUUUAGCGGAGUGAUCUCGGAGUGACGCGGAUUUUAUUUCACUCCCAAUUCACUCCGAUCCGGAGUUUUAACAUUUAAAUGAAUUUAUAUCAAACUGUCAAACAGUGUGUGUGUGCGUGUGCGAGUGUGUGCGUACGUGUGUAUGCGAGUGCGAGAGCGUGUUUAUGCGAAUGUGUGCGUGUGUGUGUGCGAGAAUUUAUUUAGUGGUUUUAUUUUUUAUUAAUAAUAUUUUCAAAACUCCCUUCCGAAGUGAAAUUUUCUUCGUAGGAAUUAAAUUAAUAAAAAAUUAUCUACUCCGCGAAAACUCCCCUUCGAAGUGAAUUUCACUCCAAGGGGACCGAAUAAUUAAAAAUUCAUUCACUCCGGAUUUAAUCCGCAUUCACUCCGUGAAUUUUUUACAGUGCACCUAAUUGACAAUUUCAAAUAAAUAUCCGUCAUUAAAUAAUAUAACACUAAUAAUAAUAAUUAUUAUUGAUAUUAAUAUGAUCAAUUUUAUCCUUCAGUUAUUUAAUGACUAAUGUUCCGUGUCGACCUGAAUAAUGUCAUCUAAGUUAAACCAAAUUGACUUACAUUAAUAAAUCUAUUGUAUAUCAAUAAAAAAAAACUUAAUCUCACAUUGAAUCAGUUUUUCAAAAAAAUAUCCACACCUACGUGGUCAUAGUGUCAAAUAGUUCAUAUUAUAAUCAACUAUAUAAAUUUAUACUCGAUACUUACAUACAAUUAAUUUAUUAAUUUUUUUUAUUAUUAUUAUUAUUAUUAAUGAGCCAGACAUUCAAAAAUAGAAUUAUCA